UUGGUUGAUUGAUUGAUUGAUUUUUUUGGUCUUUGGAUCCCAGUGCCUCACAGAGAGUUUACAAUACAGUAGGUACUUAAUGAAUGUUCAUUGGCUGAUUUGUUGAUUUUGGAGAUAAAUGACUAGGUAGGUGUAUUGGAUUUUCCUACUUCUAUGUUUACAAUUCAGCUUUUUCUUUCUUCAGUUUUUUCCCCCAAAAGCAAUGUACAUGUGAAGGCAUGGAGGGGGUAAAAAGUUACAAUUAUCAAAAUGCCUACAGCUGGAGUGACCUCAGUGAAGUAAAAGCAAGAAGAAAGGUCGAGUUUAAACACUUCCAGAGGAGAGAAGGGCUCCCUCGCCCUCCGCCUCUGCUGGCUCAGCCCAACCUCCCUUUUGGGUACCCGGUCCAUGGAGUGGAGGUGAUGCCGUUUCACACCGUGGUGAUCCCAGGCCUCCAGUUUGAUGGACCAGUUGCAUCAAUCUACAAGGUUACCAUAAAGGCUUCUCUGGGCAACCUUAACAGUCUGGCCAAUACCCCAGGUCAGGAGGUAUCGGGUAGAGGGGAGAAGCAGCUGAUCAUUGAGACCUCUUCCAGAAAUGUGUUAAAUUUCAUCCUUCAGCAUGUGACCUAUACCAGUACCAUGUACUACUCCAACACUAUGGAUAUUGUGAGUCUUGAGUUGGGCUAUUCAGUAGCUAAGUUUCCUGUAAUCAUCCGCCAGCCCAUCAUGCCUAAGCUAUUUGACCCUGGUCCAGGGAGGAAGCUCAAUGCCCUUGUGACCAUCACAACCAAGACUUUUCUCCGACCCCACAAGCUUCGGAAAUUGCUCUGGAGCAUCCGAAAAUAUUACCCAGAUUUGACUGUAAUUGUGGCUGAUGACAGUGAGAAUCCAGAAAGUAUUGAUGACCCUUAUGUGGAACAUUACAUUAUGCCCUUUGCAAAGGGCUGGUUUGCUGGAAGAAAUCUGGCCCUAUCUCAGGUUACUACCAAGUAUGUGCUGUGGGUGGACGAUGACUUUUUUUUCACCCAAAACACGAAGAUUGAGGUUCUGCUGAAUGUUCUGGAAAAAACAGAUCUGGAUGUGGUAGGUGGCCAUGUGCUUGGAAUUUCCUUCCUGUUCAAGCUUCUGUUGGCCCAAGGGGAGGAUGGCAGCUGCAUUCACAAACGAGUGGGAUCCUUCCAGGUCUUGGACGGCUUCCCCAAAUGUGUGGUAACGAGUGGUAUUGUCAAUUUUUUCUUGGCCCACACAGAGAAGCUCCGCAGUGUUGGUUUUGAUCCCAGAUUGAAAAGAGUAGCACAGUCAGAAUUUUUCAUUGAUGGUUUGGGGAGUCUUCGAGUAGGAUUUUGUUCAGAUGUGGUGGUUGAGCACCAACCCAAAGACCUGGAACCUAUCCCGGAAGAGUCUUCCUCGAAGAAAACCUACAAUUGGUACAGGUUCAGCUCCAAGGGAGAGAUCCAGUUGAAGCUGGCCCUUCACUUCUUCAAGAACUAUCUCCAUUGCUAUACUGAGGGUACAGAACAAAUAAGAACAAAUAAGCUAUUGGGUGAUGUGACCAAGGGGACAAGACAAUAAGAGAGACAAUGAAGAAUGACACAUACAUAUUAUGUAUGUGUAUGUGUGUGCAUAUAUAUAUAUAUAUAUAUG